AUGAAGAUAACACAAAAUAAAUCUGACGCCGUAGAUUUCUGUAUGGAGCUGAUCAGAGAUGGAAGCAUUACCUUAGAUGAUGGAAGGAUCGAUCAGAUUGAUAUGAGUACUAAUUGCGGCAUAAAUUACGUGGAGAUAUGCAAUUAUGCAAAUGAGGACGACUUGGAAGAUGAUGCAGCACACGUGAAUAUAUCUGAUGAACAACACAUUCCAGCCAGUAAAGUACAGAAAGACACAAAUGUCCAAGCCCAGCCCUCAACAUCGAAAAAUUCCUCGGUCGAACCCAGCAAUGACAAACGUGAUGAACUCCUUUUCAAUACUAGUUCCCAUCAGCAGCAUCCAAAAACUCCUGAAAAUUAUGCAAUAAAACUACAACGAUUCAAGUUCAGUGGUAACGACCUCAGUAAACUAUCCAAAGAAAGUGGAGCAGAGUGUCGUCUAUGUUUAAAUGAGAUCAAGAAUCAUGGGAACACUACAAACUUGAUGAGACACUUGACUAACCAUCAUAAUAACGCUGACAUCAAUGCCUUGAAUGCACUUGCACGAACUCGAAAACAAAAGGAAGUCAACAAUAAUAAAACAACUGAUAAUUCUGAUAAAUCCAAACAAUCUCCAGAACGUCCAUCAUCGCGGGCUGAACAUCAGCAACAAGAGUUCGACUCAGCCUCAGGACCAUCUAACAAUAUGAAUUAUCUUCCAGAGAAUCCCCUCACACAGCCCCGUAUCGAUAAAACAUUUGGUAAAAUUACAGCAUUCAAAGAAGGUGGAGCACAAGCUGCUAAAAUUAAGAAUGCUAUGGUGUAUAUGAUGGCGAAAGAUGACUUGCCACUAUCGGCCACGGAGAAGGAAGGGUUUCGUUAUCUCAUGAGUGUCGUGGCUCCAAAUUAUGAAGUACCAAAGAAGACAUCGAUAACGAGAGCCACAGAAGAAAAGUACAAAGUUCUGAGUGGGAUUGUGAAGAGCAAACUGGCCAAAGUAGAGAAUUUGACUUUAACUACCGAUAUAUGGACUGAGACCAUGUCGACAAGAGGAUUUCUAGGUCUAACGAUUCAUUUUCUGGAGAAUGGCAAAAUGUCAUAUAUUGAAUUAGAUACAAUAGAGCUGGAUGAGAAUCGCAAAGCUCCCUAUCUCUCCAAGAUGUUUGAAGAAUUUCUGUUGAAAUGGAAUAUUUCCAAAGACAAAAUUACAACAGUAGUAACUGAUGGAGGUACAAACAUAGUAAAAGCAGUUAAAGAUACAUUUGGGGAGCAUAAGCACAUAACGUGCUUUGCCCACAAAUUGAAUGUAGCUAUUUCUAAUGUUAUCACUGCAAACAAGGCACUGAGUUCAAUAGUUACUAAAACUAAAGAGAUUCUGACAUAUUGCAAGAGAUCAACCACUGCUGCCGACGAGCUUCGCAAGGCCCAGGAUGAUGACAACACUUUGCGACUAGUUCAAGACGUCCCCACGCGUUGGAAUUCAACAUUUUACAUGCUGUGUCGUUUCGAGAAAUUAUCAGCCACUGUCAGUUCUAUUCUCUUGAAAUUACGAGGUUCUCCACCUAUGUUAGAUUCAGACGAGAUGGCCAUCGUGAGGGAUGCUAUUAACGUAUUGAGACACGCAGAGACCCUUACAAAGGAAUUCAGUGGAGCCAAAUACGCGACAACUAGUCGAGUGAUACCUGCUAUGUUCUGCUUCAGGGAGUGUCUGGCGGUAGUGCAGAACGAAACAUCGAUGGGGAAGAGUCUUCAAAAAGAGCUAAUGGCAGAGCUGGAUAAAAAAUUCUCUGACCUAGACAAACUGCCCUUUUUGACCAUUACUAUUCUACUGGAUCCACGGUACAAAAGAAUGUACUUUCCUUCUCCUUUGAUGUGCUCCAGUCUGCUGAGAACGGUGCAUAGUAUGAUAUCAGCUGAAACUAAUGCUCCUGAGGACGAGUCUAUUACUAAUGACGAAUCUGAGGCUACCAAUAGCAGUGAUGAUUUGUGGACGCACCAUCGAGAUAGGAUUCUUCAUCAGAAAAGAUACGCUCAAGAGGCUUCUUCAGACGAUUUGAAUAUUGACAUGAUGCAGUUCCUGAACAAGCCUAAUCUGAUGAAUAUUGAUCCAAUAAAUUUUUGGAUGCAUCACAAAGAAAACACACCAGCAUUAGGACGCAUUGUCCUGAAAUAUUUGUCAACAGUUGCCACAUCAGUACCUUGUGAAAGACUCUUCUCAUUGGCCUCGAAUAUCAUCACAGAAAAACGGAAUCGUCUCCUUCAGCGUAGUGGUCAGACCGAACCCUCAGCUCCCGCGGAUCAGAGGGAUCUGGACGAUUACUUUGUUGAUCUGACAAGGAAUGUUCCGCCUAUUGCAACCCCAAAGCAACACGGUGCUUCACAACGCAGGCUCAGUUUCCACAAGGACAGCCCCGGUAUGAGCGAUCUCAAGGAUAAAGAGCAGAAAGACAAUGUGGCAAAUUCGGCGCCGCACUUCAGAACAAUACCACUGGAACCCCCAGAGAAAAAACAAAAGGUCACGUAA